UGGAUUUAAAAAUAAGAAAGUUCUUAAUAUAUUUUUAAGCUUUUUAAGUAACUUUUAAAUGAUUUUUAAUGAUUUUUAAAUAAAAUUUAAAAAUUAUUAAAAUAAUAUUGAUGAAUAAGAAGAAUGAUAUAAAUAACACAUUUUCAUGGAAAGCAGAGGGGAGUUUACUUUCAUUGGCAGCAAAUGCGGGGAAAGAUCGUGUUGCAGUGGUUGGAAGAGAAGUUCUUAAGAUAUUAGAUGUUUAUAGUGGAGGAGUAACUGGAGAGGUUAAUCUUUAUGCGGGAAAUCGAUGGAGUCCUACAUUUUCAUCAUGUGAUGUUAAAUGGGGAUGUGCAGGUACACGCAAUAUUUUAGCAACAGCAUCUACAAAUGGGUCUAUUGUUUUAUGGGAUUUAACAAAGCCAUAUGGACAUCAAAUUGAUAGAAUUAUUACAGAACAUUUUCGUUCGGUAAAUCGUCUUGCGUUUAAUCAUUUGACAGGAUAUUGGCUUCUAAGUGGAUCGCAGGAUGGAAAUAUUAAGCUUUGGGAUUUAAGGGAUAGAAAUGGGACAUCAAAAUAUACAAUGCAUGGAAAAGCGGAAUCAGUCAGAGAUAUUCAGUUUAAUCCAAACUCAGUGAGCGAAUUUGUAGCAGCAUUUGAAAAUGGAACUAUCCAGCUUUGGGAUAUUCGAAAACCUAAUAUUUAUGAACGUAAAAUUAAUGCUCAUAAUGGUCUUGCACUUACACUUGAUUGGUAUUCAGAUGGUCGACAUAUUGCUACUGGAGGAAGGGAUAAGAUAAUUAAAGUAUGGGAUAUAUUUUCAGAUUCUCGUAAACCUAUUUCUGUUAUACAAACUAUGGCACCUGUUAGCAAAAUUGCAUGGAGACCUAUUUCUAAUAGAAGAAAUGAAAAUGUCUUAAAAACCGAAAUUGCUAGUUGUUCUUUGGUAUCUGAUUAUAAAAUAUACAUUUGGGACAUACGGCGUCCUUAUAUACCUUCACGAGUUCUUGAUAAACAUGAUAAUGUAACGACUGGGAUCAUUUGGAAAGAUGAAAAUUAUUUAUGGUCAUGUUCUAAAGAUAAAACAUUCAUUCAGCAUUCAGUUUCUACAGCUGAUAUUCCGUUGAAUUCUAUUCCUGUUAUAAGCAUGGACUGGAGUCCUUUAGGAGAUUUAAGCAUUGUAUUACAAAAUAGAUAUAGCGAAAUGAAUUAUUUUAAUACAGAAUAUUUGAGCUCAGUAGAAGAUGAAAGUAUAUCACGAGAAAAUAAAAAACAUUUUCGGUUACAUCAUCGUACUAGCAAAACGCUUAAUAAUAUUGUAAGUCAGUUAUAUAAACCAUUGCAUAUUUCUGGAACAAUUGUUAUUCCAAAUCUUCAAUACUAUGGUUUUACUUAUCUUGCUCAACACUAUAAUAUUACUGCAUCACCUAAUCUCUCAGUAUCUCAAGCAUGUGAAAACAAUGCUAAUUUUGCAUUAAAUAUACAAAAAUAUCGCACUAGUCAGACAUGGAAAAUACUUCAACAUCUUUUAGAAAAUAGAAAGUAUCCAAUCAAGAAUUCUACACAUACUAAUAAAACCGCUGACACGGAUAAUUCUAUCGAACAUGAUUACAAAAAUAAUGAUGAUUUACUCUUUAAAAUGUCUUUGAAAAACAAUAUAAACGAAUCUAAGACUUUAUUGAAUAGAGCAAGUUCUGUUUCUCGUAAAAAUGCUGAUAUGUUUUUGAAAAGUGAUCGCGUUGGUAGACAUUUUAGAAAUAAUACAGAAUCAGUAAUUUCGAGACAAAAUGUUUUAGAUGAUGGGAAUAUAUUUGACAAAAACCAAGAAAAUACAAAUUUCAAUGAUGAAAUACAUGAGUUAUACAAUUUUCGUGAUAAUUUCGAAACAAUUUCUCAAAGUUUCAACUCUGAUUAUACUGUGUGUUCUUUCAGAAAUGAUUUUGAUCGGGAAAAGCAUUUAAAAUAUUCUGAUACAAGCAAUAAUAAUAUCUUUGUUAAACCUCGUUUUACUAAUAUCGAUACAAUAGAAAAUACAUGUCCAUGGUCUAUAAAUUCUCUUAUUCAAGCUGUAGCCGAAUAUUAUAGUGAAAUAGGGGAUAUUCAAAUGUGUGCUACUAUUGUUUUAUUAAUGGGUAAAUAUACGAAUUUUGAUUCUUUAAAAAUAGAAAAAUGGAUUGGAGAAUAUAUUGAACUUUUACAAAAAUAUAGAAUGUUUAUAACUAUGACAGAAGUUAUAAAUGCGUCAUCAUCGUUACUUAUAAGAGCAUUAAGUCAAACAGAAACGUCUGUUUAUAUAGAUUGUUAUUGUUGCCACAAACCAAUUGUAAAUCAAAAAGAAAAUAAUACCUUUUCAUAUUGUAAAUGUUGUCGAAAGAUACCCAAUGGAUGUACAAUUUGUGAUAUACCAGUAAAAGGUAGAUAUUUAUGGUGUCAGAGUUGCGGUCAUGGAGGACAUACUGAAUGUCUCAGAAACUGGUUUAUGAAUAAUUAUAAUCAUUAUGGUGCAUGCCCUGCUAUAGCCUGUACUCAUCAUUGUGGUUUUUUUCUAGAUAAUUGCAAGGUUUUGAUUCCAUGAAAAU